AUGGGAAAGCGUAAAACCAAGAGAAAACGCAUGGCCAAGAAAAAACUUGUUCUCGAUACCCAGUUCGAUUGCAUUUUUUGUAAUCAUGAGAAAAGCGUUGAUGUUAAAAUGCAAGCAAAAGGAAACACAAAUCGGAAACUUGACUUGCAGGAUAUGCGGCGUUGGCUUCCAAUCAAUGAUAAAUUGUAUGAUCCUAUUGAUGUAUAUUCAGACUGGGUCGAUGCAUCAGAACAUGUUCGACCAGAGGGAAAUCUUUCUCACGGAGAUUAUGACGACGACAAUGAACAAAAUGAAAGGGAAGAAGAUGAUGAAGGAACAUAUCAGAGUAGUCAUCGAGUAAUCGGAGGUGGACGAAUUAAAAAUAAUUUAGUUUGUG